UAUCACGCAAAUUAAAAAAAAAAUCGUUUAGGGAAUGUCUAAAUGAUAAAACAUUAUUCGAAUUGUUAUAUAUGAAUAUUUUACGGAAAUAUGUGGGUGUUGAUAUCCUGUAAAAAUAUCUCUUCACUCCAGUUUACUUUUAUUAGUUCUUCAAGAGAACUAACAUAUAGAACGUAAAUAAAUAUAGGAAAAUGGGCUGUUUUAAUUGGGUCUUUUUCGCGAUUUGUGUACUCUCCAGUAUUUUUCGUUGUGAUGCGUGGGAAAGGGACAUUACUUGCCCUUUGAUCUGUACUUGCCAAUUGCAACAUUUAACCGAAACAGCUAUAUAUCGAUUUAUGCAAAAGGAGAAAAGUAAUAUUAAUGUAGAACCUGUGGAAUAUAAUGAGGUUCUUUAUGAUGAAUCUUUUGAUACUGUGGAGCUUCUGGAAAAGUCCCAUCGUGCAACCAUAGUGAGAUCAGCCACCUGCGUUCUCCAAACAGAAACGGAACCCGUAGACCUUAUCGAUUCACUUCCUUCGCAUUUGGAAAGCCUCACUCUUAUCCAGGGCUACGAGUCCGGAAAUAAGACGAUUAAAUUCAGCUGGCUGGGCAAAUUUGAAGGACUAAUAAGUCUGGAAAUUAUAGGGCCCACUGUUUUCCAUAAAGAUGUCACGAACCAUCUUUUAUGCCAGAUCGAUUUUUCCUUGGAGAAUUUGAAUUAUUUAAAUCUGGAACGUGUUCUCGUUCAGAAUUCCAAGGAACAAAUGCAAUCGUUUUUCGAUGUGCUGAAGGGGAGCGAAAAUUUGACGUUUGAAUACGUGCAGAAGAUGGAAGGGGACCCUCACGUCUUGACAAUCGUUCAGAAAAACAAUUAUGAAGAGGAUAUGGUGCCUUACGAGGUAUUUAAAGAACAACGAAAGAAUAACGGGGAAGUUCCUUUAUUUAUCGGCUUCAAAAAACUGUUGCUUUUACGAAUAACGAACUGCGAGCUCAAUAACAUCUAUUGGGAAAUGUUUGACGGACUCACAGACCUCCUUUACUUAAUGCUCGAAAGAAACAACCUCAGAUUUAUACCGUCUUUCUCGUUUUAUGGAACCCCUAAUUUAAAAUCACUAUCUCUAGCUCAUAACAAACUUUUGGAUAUCGAAAUCACAGAUCUGGCCGGUUUACUUGAACUGGAGUACUUAGAUUUAACUUACAAUAAUUUCACGCAACUUUCUGAAUUAUCUUUUCCACCAUUUCCGAAGUUGAAACUAGCUAAUUUUGCAAACAAUCCUAUAAGUACCAUUUUUCCAAACACUUUCGAAGUAAUGAACACAACUGAUUCUUUGAUUAUAGGAAGCGAAUAUAUACCUUUAACUUUACUUCCGAACUCAUUUGCGGGUCUGCGUUUGCUGCAUUCUUUAACUAUUAAUAAUGUGAAAGUAGAAUUACUAAAAAGAGACUUUUUUCUUGGCAUGCCUCAGCUGAAACAACUAAUUUUGACAGGGGAUAUUAAUAAAAUCGAAUUUGAUGCAUUUUUAGAAGUUGUAAAUUUAGAUACUUUGAUAUUAACAAACUGUAACAUUAUGAACGUCUCUAUGGAUGGUUUUAUAGGACUUAAAAAACUACAUUAUUUAGACCUUUCUAAAAAUAACUUAGAAGUACUCCCAUCAGGCGUUUUUGACGACUUGGAAAACAUUAGAGAACUAUAUCUCAAUGGUAAUAAAUUUAAACAACUGCCAAGGGACAUAUUUUCAAAAAUCCAUCCAAAACUUCUCAGAUUAAAUGACAAUCCAUGGCAUUGUUCUUGUGAAAUGAGUGAGUGGAAACCAAUAAUAGCCAACAGAAUUAAACACAAAACUUUAAAAACUUGUGAUUUCACCCAAGAUAAAGGAAUUGGAUGUGCUUCAAUGGAAAACAGAUUUGAAUACAAAUACGUCUAUGAUACAAGAAUUGGACCUAAAUGUUCAGAACCCGAACGUUACAAAAAUUGGAGUGUUUUUCACGCGAUGAGAAGAAAUUUAAAAUGUCCUGACUAUAAACCCAAACUCAAAAAACCAGUUGCUGCAAAAAACGCUACUCUGGAUUCAAACCCUAAAAAUAUCACCAAUGGAGAACAAACUACUAUUAAUAGCGUACACAAAGUUCACUCAAAAGUAGAAAAAUUGAGGCUUAAAGCUAAACUAAGGAAAGCUAAGUAUUUAAAAUAUAAAAUGAAGAAGGAUCUUAAAAGUGAAGAACCAGAAGCUCAGCCUCUUGUAGACAGUCAAAAUGACUUAGAAAAUGAAAUACAUCUAUAAAACUAAAGCUUCGAUUUUGUUCAAUAUUAUAUAUUUAUUUCUUUUCAGAAAUUAUAUUGUAUUUAUUUAUACUGAACAGUAGAUUACUAAGAUUUUAUUGUAAAUAUUUAUCAUACUUUUAAAAAUGUACAUUCAAAGAUAUAUAUUGUAAUAAUGAA